AUGAAUGUGAAGAAUGAGUUGUUCAGUAAUAAUAACAUCAGAAUCACAUUUUAUUCUCAAGUUGUCAUUGGGGUCUCAGGCAAUGCCAUCCUUCUUCUCUUCCACGUCAUCAUAUUUCUUGCAGGGCACAAGCCCAGACUCACCGACCUGCCCGUUGUCCUCUUGGCUCUAAAUCACCUAGUGAUGCUGCUAAUUGAAGGAUUCAUAACUGGAGACAUUUUUACCUCCCAACCAGGGUUUUGGGAUGACAUCACAUGUAAAUCAGUUAUCUACUUGAACAGAUCCAUGAGGGGCCUCUCCAUUUGCAUCACCUGCCAGCUGAGUGUCCUUCAGGCCAUCACACUCAGCCCCAGAAGCUCUUGUUUGGCAAAGUUCAAACACAAAUCUUCAUAUCAUAACCUGCGUUCCCUUCUUUUCUUCUGGGUGUUCCAUAUAUCCAUUAGCAGUCACCUUUUUAUCUCCAUCACUGCUACUCCCAAUUCAACUUCAGAAAAUAUUUUGUAUGUCACUGAGUCUUGUUCUCUUUUACCCAUGAGCUAUUUACUCCAGCACAUAUUUUUCAUAUUAUUGACCUUCAGGGAUCUCUUCUUCAUGGGGCUCGUGUCUCUCUCAGGUGGAUACAUAGUGACUCUCUUGUGCAGGCAUAAGAUGCAGUCGCAACAUCUUCACAACAACAGACUUUCUCCAAAAGGAUCCGCAGAACAAAGGGCCACUAGGACCAUUCUGCUGCUUCUGUGUUUCUUUGUAGUCAUGACCAGUUUGGACACUCUAACCUACUCAAGAAUUGUGUUGAAUAAUAAUCCAAUAAUUUAUUGUAUUCAAAUUCUUAUGGCCCAUGGCUAUGCAACAGUCAGUCCUUUAGUGUUCAUCAGUACUGAAAAACGUAUCAUUGAUAUUUUGAGACUCAUGUGUGGAAGAAAAUAA